UUAAUAAAAAAAGAAAAAUGUCUGUUUUUUACUCUGUAAAAACUCCUACAAACUCCUACUUGUUCGUAAUCAUCCGUAUUUUUCAGGAAUUUCAAUAAAAAAAUCCAUUUUAAGUUGUGGCGAUUAUAAAAGUAAUUCGUGAAUGCUUAAAAAAGCUAUGCCCAUAUUUCUGUUAAAGUUUCUUCGUGUCAAAUUUAGGUUUUACAUUUAAUGAUUCAGAAGAUAGAAUAUGAAUUUGUUAAGUCAAAUAUUUCACUUUUUGUUUGUGAUUGUGCAUUAACUCUAAAAUGUUUCGUUAGCUUGAAUGUGGUAUGGCCCUUGUAACAAUUCGACGAUCACCGAGUGUGCAGACACCUAGAAAAACGGAUGAGAUCGAAAAGUCGAAUGAAAACAUUGAAGACGAUGCAGGAAAUCGUGUCAGCAAGAGCCUCAAUGAGUGCUACUUCGCGAACAAAGGAGCGGCGUUGGUGCUGGGCGGCGCCGAGCGGGGCUGUGCCGACCAGCGCACGUCGCCCGCGCGCGCUCACCCCCAGCCCGAUAUACAGCACCACCUACAAUCCAUGUUUUAUCUUUUGCGACCUGAAGAGACGCUCAAAAUGGCGGUGAAACUGGAGAGCGCUCACGCGGGUCGCACGCGCUACCUGGUGGUGGUGUGCCGCGACGACGAGGCCGCGCUGCUCGGCAUCGACUGCAACGAACGCACCACCGUCGGCCUCGUGCUGCGGGUCCUCGCCGACACGUCGAUCAAGCUUGACGGCGAUGGAGGGUUCAGCGUGCGUGUGUGCAACCAACAACACAUAUUCAAGCCGGUGUCGGUGCAGGCCAUGUGGUCGGCGCUACAGACCCUGCAUCGCGCGAGCGGGCGUGCCAGGGAGCUGAACCACUUCGCGGGCGGCACGUCGCACGCCUGGUGCGCCUACUACGAGGGCCACGUGGACUCCGACCGCUCCUGCCUCAACGAGUGGCACGCCAUGGACUGCAUCGAGUCCCGCCGCCCGCCCUCGCCCGACUCGCUGAGACUCAAGCCACGAGAGAGAGACGAGACGGAGCGCGUGAUCCGCUGCACGCUGAAGGAGAUCAUGAUGAGCGUGGACCUGGACGAGGUGACCAGCAAGGCCAUCCGCGGCCGCCUCGAGGACGAGCUCGACAUGGACCUGGCCGAGUACAAGUCCUUCAUCGACCAGGAGAUGCUCACCAUCCUCGGCCAGAUGGACGCGCCCACCGAGGUCUUCGACCACGUCUACCUCGGCUCCGAGUGGAACGCCAGCAACCUCGAGGAGCUGCAACGCAAUGGGGUGAGACAUAUUUUAAAUGUGACGAGAGAAAUUGACAAUUUUUUCCCUGGCAUGUUCGACUAUUUAAAUAUUAGAGUGUACGACGACGAGAAGACUGAUCUACUGAAACACUGGGACAACACGUUCAAGUACAUCAACAAAGCCAGGAACGAGGGCUCGAAAGUGCUCGUUCAUUGCAAAAUGGGCAUCAGCCGGUCCGCUUCCGUGGUGAUCGCCUACGCCAUGAAGGCGUUCAACUGGAACUUCGACAGAGCCCUGAAGCACGUGAAGGCGAAAAGGAACUGCAUCAAACCGAACGCCAACUUCCUCAGCCAGCUCGAAACGUACCAGGGCAUCCUCGACGCGAUGAAGAACAAGGAGAAGCUGCAGCGGUCCAAGUCCGAGACCAACCUGAAGUCGCCCAAGGCGUCGGCCAAGGCCGAGCACAAGGCGUCCGAGCCCACGCCGCUCGUGCUGGCGCUCACCGGCUCCUACUGCGGCCGGCCGCGCUCCUGGGCGCCCGACACGCGCCUCGCCGCCCAGCUGCGCGCGCCCACCUCCGUCUCGCUCGAGAACCUCUCGCUGGCCUCCGAGACGCGCCACAUGCUCAUGCCCUGCGCGCACGGCUCCUACAGCGUCUCGCCCAACCAGAUCAUCCGCCUCAAGGAGGACGGCGCGCCCUGCGUGCGCCACAUCGUCAGCGAGAUCGAGAACGCCGCCUCCGAGCGCCGCGACUUCCGCCGCCACCAGCGCCUCAACUUCGACGCGCCCGCCGCCGACGCGAUCGCCCGCCCGCCGCAGCUCUCGCCGGCGAGAACCUCCGCCCUCAAGUGCGCGCCCUCCGAGGCCGACCGCAUACACACGUGGGACCCCGGGGAGGCGCCCUGGCCGCGAGGCGAGGACGGCAGGAACGCCCCCGACAGUGACAAUAUAGUGAAAAGUGACAGUGGAAUCGUGGACGUGAAAACGAAACCGAGUGACGCUUUUUCGAACUCGUUCGAGCGCAACCUCGACGGCUCGCCGGCGCGCGGCGACGACGACGCGCCCCCGCCCAGCCGCCAGAGCUCCUGGAGCUCCAGCGACAGCGCCGUGGUGGCCGACCUGCGCCCGCGCGCCGACAUCUCCGACAACGAGCGCAAAUUCAACGAGACGUGUGCCAUACUGCAGGAGCUCGCGAGCGCCGCGGCGCGCAUGGAGCGCUCGCGCGCGCGCGGCGCCUCCACGUGGAGCGGCCGGCUGUCGGCGUCCGCGCCCGCCGACACGUGGCUGCGCGCCGGCCUGCGCCGCCGCCGGCCCGCCUGCGCCUCGCACGGCGACCUGCCGCGCGCCGCGCCCGCGCCGCCGCCCGCGCACCCCGCGCGCGCCGCGCCCGCCGCCGCCGGCCUGGUGAGCAACCUCAAGAAGGAGUUCGAGGCGCGCUCGGAGGCCGAGGCGGCGCGGCGCGGCAAGGCCCCGCGCGAGGCGGCGGGCGACCUGUCGGUGCGGCUGCUGGUGGACCAGUACGAGCCGACGGGCGGCGCGCGGCGGUCGCGGCCGGAGACGCGCGCGCGCGUGCGCAACUCGUUCUGCGGCGCGGUGCGGGGCGCGGGCGGGGAGCGGCCGCCGCCGGCGCCCACCGUGGUGUCGCUGGCGCCGCUCGACUACUCCGAUGUGGUGGUCUCAACUGUGAUGUCGAAAGCUCAAAACAAAAAACAAUUGCAACACGGAAAGACCCAUCCGUUGACGAGGCUCAACUUGAAUCGGUCGAGUAAUAGAUGUUCAAAUCCUGUGUAUAAUACUAUGUAGAAGUAUUUAUGUUUUUUAUUUAUUAUGAAUUCUUGCCAAACUCGAUAUUUUAUCUUUCUAGAGUUUUAUAACUAUUUACAAAUGAAAUCACAGUGUAUUUGUCUAUCACGUAAAUUGUAUUAAACGGCUGUUUGUGCGUAGCGAAAUGUUAAAGAGAGAAUAAAUUCAAAAUAGAACUGAUGUACAACUUUUAA